AUGGCCGCGGACCAAAACUGGGGUAGAGUUGAGUCUUACUCUGACUUCAAGUGCUCCAUGAACGAAGAAUUGGUGGCUAGCGCCGUGAGCUUUUUAAGAGACCCUAAUGUCUCAACAUCGCCACUCGACAAAAAAAUAGAGUUUCUACAGUCAAAGGGCUUGAACCAGGAGGAGAUUGAAGAGGCCAUGAAAAGAGCAAACGCCCCAACUUCUGGUGCUCCUGUUGCACUGGCAAGUCCCAGCACUCUGACAUCUCCUGUGACAUCUUACCAUAACGUCCAAAAUGCCCCUCCCUUGGACUACUACCCUUUGGCGCCUGCUGUCCCUGAAAGAACUUGGAAGGACUAUUUUAUUAUGGCUACCGCCACUGCUGGAGUCACUUACGGCUUGUACCAGGUUGUAUCACGGUAUUUGAUUCCUAGCAUUAUUCCUCCUGGCCAGUCUCGUAUUAAUGAGGACAAAGAGAAAAUCGAAGAGGAGUUUGUGAAGAUAGAUAAAGCGCUCGAGCAAAUGGCGUUGGAGCAGAAGGAAAUCAAGGAUGCUAACGAGGCCAAGUUGAAGGACAUUGAGGUUGUUAUUGAAAACGUGAACGAUUUCUUGUCCAAGUAUAACAAGGACAAAUUGAAGUUUGACGACGAUUUGCGUUUGAUGAAGUUAGAGGUGGACAGCUUGCAAAACACCUUGGAGAAAAACUUGAACUUAACGAAGGAGAAUAUUCACGACGAGCUCUCAGACGUGUGUGACGAGUUGAAAUCGUUGAAGAAUCUUAUUAAGGCCCGUUCUUCCGAAGCUCUGGGUGCGGAAAGGAAAGUGACCUCAGUGUCCUCAAUCCCCUCCGCGUCAGAGAUAUUGAGAAAGGCAAAGCAGGGAACUUCUAAUGACUCAAGUAACACAAAAUCAGCUAGCCCGGUGGAAGUGCCAGCAGAAAACGGAAAGACAGAGACAUCUGCAGCUCCGCAAGUGGCUUCUAAUGUGUUUGCAGCAGGUAUACCAGACUGGCAGCUUAAGCACAAGCAACAGGAAGAAGAAAAUGAAAAGCAAAGUAAAAUGGCUGGAAUUCCUGCGUGGCAACAAGCAAUGAAAGACUCAAGGCAAGCAGAGGACGAUGUGGUGAAGGAAUCAAUCGACGCAGUGGGAGUUCCUGCGUGGCAGUUGAACAGCAAGUAG